UUAAAAGCUGGAUCGGAAAAUUAUUGGUUUGUUUUAUAACUGAGCCGUGUCUAUAGAAGUAGUCACGGUGCAAUUGCUUGAAAAUUUCUGCUUUACUUAGCUAAUUAAGAAUAAUAGGAUUACAUAGAACAGAUUUAAAAGAUGACCUGGAAAUAUUUGAAUUAUGUCAUCUCGUGGUAUGUUUUAUACUACUAUAUGUAUUGUGCACCAGUGGUCAGUCAGAACAUCAUUUCUGAUUAUUUCUUCAGAAUAAACUGUUCUAUAUCAGAUGGUGCAGUUUCUCACACAUACAACACAAUCGAGUGCGCCUCAAAAUGUAUUUCAGAUGAUUUAUGUGAAGGAUUCCAAGCUUAUAAAAUUAGUUCUACAGUAACACUUUGUGCCUUAUUCAAUAUCAGUUCAGCUAUAUAUGUCUCUAAUCAAAAUGAAAAGACUUACAUUAAAACAGAGUUAGUAUAUCAAUUUGAUAAAUGUAACACAAUACCAGAAACGACACACGAAGGAAUAGUCUCCAUUGAAACAACAGCACACACUAUGGUUCAAAGUUAUAGUAGCUCUUAUGAAACAACACAAGAAACGUCAUUAAAAGCAACCACCGUUUCCACGACAACGACCAUUAGUUAUACCUGUUCUGUAGAUGCAGCAAUAUAUAGCAUCAGUAAUGGAGAAAUAUGGUUAUUCUUUGACAAAUAUAUUCAAAUAUAUACUUCUGUAAAUGAUUUGACUACCUCCAAUUUUCGGAGAGAACAUUUGACCGAUAUAUUUACGGAUGCACCUUCUAAGGUUGAUGCUGGUUAUUCUGAUGGAACCAAUACAAUGCUUGUAAAAGACCAGAUGAUCUACACCUAUAGUAGUUUAAUUCAAAGUUCUUCUAUAAGUACUAUAUCACUAGAUAGUCAUUUUGGACUGACAAUGCCACAGACAGACGUAGAUGCUAUUAUCGUUAACGGUGUUGGUGACAUAUUCUUAUUUUCUGGUGAUACUGUUUAUCGUGUUGAAAGUAGUUCUCUUUCUUCAUUUCCUAUUGACAAUAACGGUAAUCAGAAUUACUACAAAGCUUCAAAUCAUGCGCAGAGACCUACAACGGUAACUGCUGGAACAAAAAUGGACUCUACCACACACUAUAUAUUUGAUGGUAACCAGAUUUAUGUAUUUACGGAAGAUAACAAAAGCUGGGCCAACAUUGGCAGUAUUUUGUGUAAUUUAUAACGGUUAUGAGUUUGUAAUUUCACUGUUAUACUAUUGAUCCAUUGAAACUCAAAUUCUAUACUGCCAUUCACAUAUAUUACUUUACUGUUAUCAUCAUGCAUAAAUAAAAUUGAGAAUGGAAACGAGGAAUGUACCAAAGAGACAACAACCCGACCAUAGAGCAGACAACAGCAGAAGGUCACCAACAGGUCUUCAAUGCAACGAGAAAUUCCCGCACCCGAAGAUGCACAUGAAUUACUUCAUUGUUAUUGUCAUGUACUUGUUACUAUAUUGUUACAUUAAUGUACAUUUGGAAGCCAGAAGUUUACAACUGAAAUAUAUGUGCAUGUAACUAUAAACUAUUGAAUUGACAACAAAUGAGAACCAAUGUAAUUUCCAUUAUAUACAUAAACAUUAUAAACUGUCAGAACGGUGAACAAAAAUCAAAAUAACUUUAUAAAGUAUCCAAAAUCUUUUAUGUUUGUCAGUGAAUGAUGGUAUAUAAAUUUUAAUGACUUUAAUAUUUGCAAUUAUAUUUCAUUGUUUCUAUAUUUCAAAGCAUCUGAAAAAUCCAAAAGAAAAUACAUUAUAUGAGACAAUAUCUGAAAAAGUAUAAUUUCCAUUUCCCUCCUGUUACGCUGGGUUUUUUUUCCACAUGUGGACACGUUUGAAAGACCGAAAAUGUAUUUCUUGUAAUACAAUGUGAACAGCAUCAUUUCCGGAAUAUAUGACUCAAUAUGUUUAAGUGAAUAGCAGCCAGUUUAAAAAGACUGAACUCCCCAAAGAUCAAAAUUUGCAGAAUUUUUUUUUUUAUUGUUCUCUCCUGUUAAAGCCUUUUUGUUUACCUUCUGAGGAUAUUUCAUUGUCAGCACUAUAACAGUACAUGUGUUUUUAUAGUAUCUUAUCAAAUUGAUAUGUAGAUGGAAGUAAACUUCUACACAAUUCAAGUAAAUGAACAAAAAGUACUGCGUAAUUCCUUUCUGCUACACUCUGUCAUAUUAUCUGAUAAAAAGUAACAGCAUAACAAUAAUUAGUAACAGGAAGGAUGUUCAAGGCAAUUUCACUGAUGAAUCAAAAAGUUAAUCUACUGUAUGCCAACCAUUUCAUUUAAGAUCAUUUAAUAUAAAUUAUCAUCACCAUAUUAAAUAAAUUCAAAGUAAUAUACAGUAUAUUGAUCAUAAUUGGCAUUUGGUAAACUAUUGCAGCAUAUACUAGUAAACCACAAAUAGUGCCUUAAACUUAUUCCUUAUUCCAAUUUAUAUAAACUUUUUAAAAUUGGUUCACUUUGGUAACAGGAAAGAACUGGAUUUUUUUGUACCAUUUUUGAAAUUGCCAUUGUUAUCACAUUUAACCAUUGUUUGAAUUACAGACAACAGUUCCUAGAUCCUCAAUGAGUGUUCUUUGAUUUGUGCUAUUAAAAUACCGGGUCUAAAGAUUUUUUUCUUUUUUUUUUCUUAAUGACAAAAAUUAGACUUUUUCAGAUAUUGUCUCAUAUAUAUACUCAAAUAGUGAUCGUUUCGAUUUUCAAACUUCUUUAGACAUACAUCCAAUUUACCCGACACAUGCAUAGUCUUACACUCCGAACAGCGCAGCAUAUACAAUUUACUUCAUAUGAUUCAGGGUUGCCGUGGUUUUCAGACCAUUAAAGAUCAUUAAGCUAAUAUGUCAAUGUACCACAUCAUAUUUUAAACGUUUCCUUCCGGAAAGGACUUCGCCAACAAAAGUUUGAUUUACUUGUGUCCAAUAAAAUAUGUUUAAAUAUAUUCCAAUAAAAUAAAUCUGACAGUAUAUUCUCGUUAUACGAUAGAAAUAAAUAGCCUUUACAGCUUGUAUUAAUUUUUAUUCAAUAAAAAAUCACGAGUUGUCAAAAGAGACAAUCCAUAAUAGUCAUGCCUGUGCAGCAUUACCACACACAGGCACAAAACAAAUAAUGAAAUUAAUUUUAAAUAUGCACCACGGUAAUUUAUUGAAGAUGAAAUGUUGACAAUUCAGUAUAAAUUAUUUGCGUAACAGAUACGGGUUUCUACAUAAUUGAUAACAAAACAGAGACAAAUUACACUGAAAGAUUAAUUCAGUAUUAUUCUUUGAAUUUUCUUCAUGGGAAAUUGAUAAUGGAUAUUUUAUUUUUAACGUAAACAGUU